AUUUACAUAUAUCUGAAUAGUUGACCGGAACUGCAACAAUUGAUUGAUCGUAAAGUUGGUCUACAGAAAAUUAAUUGCAACUAUUUUGAUAAUCGAUUAUCAUUUUUCAAACAAAAAGGCCAAACAUUUGCUGGCUGAGCCUGGCUCCAGCUUCUCAAUUAUGAGGAUUUGCUGCACUGCUCUGUUUUGUAUUAUUGUAAAUUGAAUAUAUUUGGGUUUUGGACUGUUGGUCGGACAAAACAAGACAAGGAGACAUCACGAUGCAGAUGGGAGUGUGUUUGGUUUUUUUGCUAAUUUAUUAACCAAACAAUCAAUCCAUUAAAACUAAUGAUAAUGAAAACAAUAGUUAGAUGCAGCCCUACUCCUGACCUCAGUAUUUCUAAAAUCCCAGCUACGGCCCUGUUAAGGUUCUCUCUGUAUAAGUUGCAGUUCUGAUCAAACUCUAGGCUAUACCCAUUGAUUUUAUUUACAAUAUAAAUGCCAAAAGAACCGCUGUUACACAGUCCAUCUUGCCAUUAUCUUCUCCAAAAAUGAAUGCUCAACAAGAUCGUAUUUCAACGUCUACUUCUCAAAAACAGGAGUUUCACAAGAGCACUUGAAGGCAGCAGCACGAAGUGUAUAUGUGUGAUUUAAUUGGGGUUUUUUGGGGGGGUUUUUUGCCUCCAUCUGGUCGGGCUGCCUGUCAGCUGAGCUCAGUGAACUCAUCCCGCCAGCAGAGUGCGUUCCUGCGCCUUGUACAGAAAAUGGGGAUGUCUCCUACCGGAGAACAAACCCACUCCCCGUUUUCCGUGAAACUGUGAAGAGGAAAAGCCCUGUUGUUGUUGUUGUUGUUGUUUUAACACCGUAAGAAAGCCCAUGCUCUGCGAGCUUUCUCCGCCACCUACACCGCUCACAGGACUCUCCCAGGAUGCUGUCGAACAGCCCUCACAUCGGGCACAAAGUGGCAGGCUGCUGGAUUUUCCUUUCCCUCUGUGAAGCUCGUGUUUGGAAAGAAGCGACAGUGUAGCGCUGAAUACAGUGUUUUUCGGCGGCGAGAAGAGGCGAGCUGUAGCCCAUUUCCAGAACUGUUGAAGUGCGGAGCCAUGAUUCGACUCAACUUCCUGAGGAGUUGAAAGGCGAUUUGCACGUACUGGUUGCCAUGUGGGUUUAUGCAGACCGAUGACUUUCACAUCAACUUUUCUGCUGGCAGCUCAGGAAAAGGCUCACAGGCCCAACUGCAAAGUGGAAACCAGAGCCAAGAUGAUAUGCAAGUGAGCCACAACAAUCAACUGGACCUGCGGGAGAUAGUGUUCGUCCUCCAGAGUCAAAGCAACUCCUUCCAUGUGAGGCAGGCAGAAAGACGGAGAGCAGAUUUACUGAAGCAGGCCCACAGUCUCACAGAGAAACCACCGGUGGUUUUGCUUCUUCACAGUUUAUCAGAUAAUGAGGGAGAUUGGAGUAUCCUUCCUCUGCUGCCAUACUUAUCAUACUCCUUUGGGAAAAACUCAUCCUGGAUUGUAUUUUUUGAAGAGGAAACAAAUGUGAAGAUGACUAAGCUUGUUCAAGUCCUUGCAAAAUUUGACAAGAAUAAAGAGUGGUUUCUUGGUAAGCCCCUCCAUGAUGAGGAGUCAACCAUCAUCCAUCACUAUGCCUUUGCAGAGAAUCCCUCCAUCUUUAAAUAUCCAGACUUUGCUGCUGCUUGGGCCUUAAGCAUCCCCCUUGUUGUUCGGCUUGCAAACAAAGUGAGAGAUGAGCCACUUAAAUCUGACUUCACCAUUGACCUGAAACAUGAGGUUGCCUUGUAUAUCUGGGACAAUGGGAACGGUCCACAUCUCACUGCUGUUCCUGAGCUGUGCACUGAGCCGGAGGACUCUCCUCAGACCCGCCACUGUGCCACCACUCUGAGCAGUGAGCCUCCACUGUGUGGGGAGCCUGUAAAUAAGGAAGAUAUAUUUGUUGCUGUGAAAACAUGUAGGAAGUUUCACAGUGAAAGAGUUCCAGUGAUAAAGAAGACGUGGGAAAAGGAUGCCUUAUUUUUAGAGUACUACAGUGACCAUGCUGAUCCUUCAAUACCAACCAUUAAUAUCGGAGUACCAAAUACUGAAAGAGGCCACUGUGGGAAAACAUUUGCAAUCCUUCAAAGAUUUCUAAGCAGCUCUGUCCCAAACACCAAGUGGCUCCUUGUUGUGGACGAUGACACACUUAUCAGCCUCCCCAGACUGCAAGUCUUGCUGAGCUGUUACAACCCCUCUGAACCAGUGUGUCUAGGGGAGAGGUACGGCUACAGCCUGAGCCAAGGCGGCUACAGCUACAUCACUGGAGGUGGAGGUAUGGUGUUCAGCAGGGAGGCUGUGGUCCGACUUCUUGACAGCGGUUGCAAAUGCUACAGCAAUGAUGCGCCGGAUGACAUGGUGCUGGGAAUGUGCCUCAAUGCUCUCGGACUUCCUGUCACACACAGUCCACUCUUCCACCAGGCACGCCCAGAGGACUAUGCCAGGGACUUCUUAGCUCACCAGGUGCCCAUCUCUUUCCACAAACACUGGAACAUUGACCCGGUUGCUGUUUUUAACAGAUGGCUUAAGGAUGACUUGGUGGCAAAAGCUUCAGAUGGACUUAAUAAGAGCGCUAAGAUGGAGUUAUAAUCAUUUUAAGCACACAACUAGCCUGUAUGAAUAUGAGUGUGUGUGUGUGUGUGUGUGUGUGUGUGUGUGUGUGUGUGUGUGUGUGUGUGUGUGUGUGUGUGUGUGUGUGUGUGUGUGUGUGUGUGUUAUGGAGUCAUGGAACUGAACUUUUGUCCUUCACAGAUGUAAAUGUUUUUGUAUUGUUGAUGUCGAACUGUUAAGACCAUGCAAGCAUGUGUCCAUGACUUAAUAUGUCUGUCUUUUCAUGACUGAGUUGCAUAUUGAGGUUACUGUUAUUUUGGAAAUGGAUGUACUGUGUGUAUAUUUAUAUCAUAUGAAUAAUCUAAACCUUACAGAGGAGAAUCCUCCUCUUUGGGAGAUACUGUAUCUUUCAAGAAGUAUCACUAAUGCUGUACAAUGUGCUCUAUUUUGACAUAAAAGUAUAAAUAUUUGA